AUGGCUCUUCAACCUUAUAAAUUCCACAAAAUAUGGGACACUCCUGCUCUUAACAAACUAAAUCAGCAGAAGAUAGCAAACUCACAAGAUUAUCAAAUUUCGGGCCUAGUUUACCGCUUUCAUUGUCUCAUUCCAGGUUCAAUCAAGCCAGAUCUCUAUUUUAUUGCGGUUUCAUUACUAAAUCCUCCGACAUAUGGCCAUAUUGUCACCAUUAAAGUCAAAUUGCUCCAUAAGAAACCACAUAUUCUCCAAGAAGCCAAAGCACAAUUCACACCGAAUUCAAAAACAUUCAUAAUCGAGGAAGGAAUUACAAUACCUGACAUGACAAGAGUCUGGAACAAAGGAAAAGUUGGCAUAGAUUUCACAAUCGAGUAUACAAAAUUAGAUCUUACACCACCAAAGCCAGUACCAGUCAAUUACAGAGAACUUACUGGCCAUGUUGGUCUUGUCAACAGGGCAUCAACAUGCUAUAUGAAUUCAGUUCUCGAAAUGUUAUUCUACAUUCCAGCAUUUCGUAAAUUGAUUUUCUCAAUUCCUAACUCAGUUGGCAUUCCACUUGAACUACAACGUCUUUUUACACUUCUUCAGCUCUCACCAACAUCACCUACGACUACAGAUCUGAUUCACUCAUUUGGCUGGACAGCAGAAGACUCUUUCAUCCAGCACGACAUCCAAGAGUUCAUCCGCGUACUCAUUGACAAUCUCGAAGAGAAACUGAAGCCAACAGAACUAUCCGGCCAACUUGGAUCUCUUCUUUCAGGUGAAACAGCUGUUCAGAUCAAAUGCAUCAAUUCCGAUUUCAAGAAAGAGACUCCUGAGAUCUUCUACGACAUCACACUCACUGUCAAAGGAAAGAAAGACGUCUACGCGAGUCUACAAGAAAUUUGCGAAGACGAAUUGUUCACAGGAGAUAACCAAUACGAGGUAGAAACAGGACGUAAAGAAGACGCAAUCAGAUCAACAAGGUUCAAGAAGUUACCACCUGUUUUGAUGUUCCAUCUCUCAAGAUUCGAGUUUUCAAUCAAUUCGCCAACAGGAAUGGAAAAAGUGACAGAUGAAUACGAUUAUCCGACCACUUUAGAUCUUGGUCCAUACACUGAUUCGAGAGAGUCCGCUGUAUACGACCUUCUUGCCGUGCUUGUACACAUCGGAGGCAGCUGGGGCGGCCACUACAUCGCGUACUGCAAAUCAGGAAAUGAAUGGUUUAAAUUCAAUGAUGAAAGAGUUGAAAAAGUGCCAGAAGAUGAUGCAAUCACAGGAAACUUCGGUGGCAAGAAGAGUGAGAAGCACGCGUACUAUCUCUGCUACAUCAAGAGAUCAGAGAGUUCGUGGGUAAUGAACGAGAAAAUCGAAAUUCCGAAGUUUUUGAGAGAUUAUUACGAAGAAAAGAGAGAAGACUUGGAUCCUUCCUGCAUCGCAAUCAGAUUCACUAACGAUGAGAACAAGAGAUUACUCGUCAAGAAGACAUCAUUAGUUUCCGAAAUAUCCCAAAAAGAACUUUGGAAAGUCGAUGAUGAAAAUUUCCCAGUUGAAUUACUAAAUCCAAGGAAAUCUGUUGGAGAAUACUUCACGAAAAGUGCUGUUUUGUACGAAUCUGAUUUCGACACGAAACAAAUUGUCAAUCCAAAGAUCUUCGACAUCGAUUUCUUCUCAAGAACAAACACAAGAAUCAAACAUAUGGGUUUAAUGCCUUUCAAUUCUGCAAAAAGUGUCAAACAUUUGAGUCAAACCGUUGGCCAGAUUCUCAAAUUACCAGAAACAUGUAAUUUGAGUUGUUUCGAUGACCAGGGCAACCAAAUCAGAGAUGACGCGAGACUUUCUGACUUGAAACGCCACAAACUCAUUUUCCAAAGUGAUGACAUCAAAUACGACAUUUCUUUUGAAGAAAAAGACGAAGAAGAAGGAAUUUUGAAAGUCAGAAAUCUUAUUCCAGAAAUCGUUCUCGAUACUGUUCCAAGGUUUGUUAAUCACAUCAAGAGAUGUGUCCAUGUUAUAGUUGAAGGAUUGGAUCAAUCAUUAACAAUAGAAAUUCCUGAUAUAAUGCCACUCAAAAUCUUAAUUAUGUGCAUCAGAAAGUCCUUGAAUUUGCCAGAUGAAGAUGGUGUUUUGAUUUACAAUAAAGACGGAAUGAUUAUUAAUUCAAAAGGUUCUCAAAAAUUGAAAGAAGCUUUAGCGGUUAAAGAACAAUUUUCACAGUUCAUGAAGAUCAAGACACAAGCUAAGAUUGUCAAAGGAAUCAAACAGAGCGAUGCAGACAAUUACAUCAUGAUUUCAUUCCAUGUUCACAACGAAAUGUUUGAUUUUGUUUCUGAGUACAAGAAUGAGUUGCCACAGACACUGAAGAUCAAAGAUUUGCUUGAAGAUGUCUCACAGAAGACAUUCGGAAACAAAUCUCCAAUAAGAAUCAUCGAAAUCACUAAAUCUAGAAUCACAAACAUUUUCAAUGAAAAUUUGCAAAUUUCAAAUUUGAUUGGAAAAAGUAUCAGAGCUGAAAUUGUUCCAAAUGACCAAAUUGAUGCGAGAUUGUUACCUAUUUCCUUCUCAAUGAACAUCUCUAAUCCAUUGUAUUCCACUUUCUUGGAUCCUUUCUUGUUGUCUGUAAAUGAUGGAGAAGAAUUCGAAUUAACUAAGUCUAGAAUUCUCUCAAUGAUUACAACACAUAUAAAGGAGUUCAAUUUCGUUUUGUUGGUCGGUUCUAGAUAUAUUCAACUUGAUGACCACCAUAUCAUCGCUGAUUUGAUUAAGUUAUCUAAGAACUGCGAGUUGUUCAUGGUUUUGACCCACAACGAAUUGAACAAAUUCUUAGAACGCAAUGAGAACCAGGCAGUUAAGAUAUUGAACUAA